AUCGGAUUUGAUAUGGACGAAGACAAUGAAUAUGAUGGAUAUUUAACGGACAAUGAAAGGAUAUCAUCUUCGACUAGCGAUAAGAAAAAAAAGAAAUAUUCUCAGAAAUAUAAAUCUGAAUGGGAAAACCACAAAGAAUUUAAAUCGUGGCUUAAAAGAAGUAAUAAAGGUUUAAGUUAUUUUCAUUGUAAAAUAUGUUCAGUAGAUUGCGUUGGUGGAUUGGGUGCAAUUAAAAAGCAUGCUGCAUCUAUAAAACAUACAAAAAUGGUAAAGUCUGUUCAAAUGCCAGUAAUAAAUAUGCAAUUUGUUAAAAAAGCUAAAGAAACAAUGUCCAAAACCAAAGAUUUUGAAUAUAAAAUUGCAUCAUUUAUUACAGAGCAUGAUAUUUCAUUUAAUACUUCUAACCAUUUAACCAAAUUAAUCAAAAGUAUUAAUCCCGAUGCCGAAGCUGUACAAAAUAUAAAAUGCAGUAGAACUAAAUGUACUCAAUUAAUAAAAGAUGUUAGUGGCCAAAAAGCUUUUGAAGAAAUCAUUACUAAACUUAAAAUUCACAAAUUUUCGUUGAUAGUAGAUGAAAGCACUGAUCAUAACUGUGUAAAACAUUUAGCAAUAAUUGCAAGGUUUUCACAAAAUUUUGAAAUAAAUGAUACGUUUGUAACUCUGCUACCCAUUGUAGAUAGUUCUGCAACAGCACUAUAUAACAUUAUUAUAAACUUUUUUAAUAAAUUUGAAAUACCAUUUAAAGAAAACAUGAUAGGCUUUGCGGCUGACGGAGCUAAUACAAUGAUGGGUGAUCAUCAUUCUCUAAAAACUAUGUUAACUAAUGAUGUACCUGGACUUUUUGUAUUAAAAUGUACCUAUCAUUCUUUAGCUUUAUGUGCAUCAUAUGCUUGUAUGAAGUUACCUAGAGGACCUGAAGAUUUUGUACGCGAUGUACAUUCAUACAUGAAAUAUAGUUUUAAAAGAAUGUCCGAAUUUAAAGAGUUUCAAAAAUUUGUAGACACAAAACCACAUAAAUUACUAUUACCAGCUCAAACUCGUUGGCUUUCUUUGAUAUCGGUAAUUAAAAGGGUCUUAGAGCAAUAUGAUGCAUUAAAACUUUAUUUUCAAUCUCAAUAUCUUAGUGACAAAAUACAAGCAUCUGAAAAUAUUCAUAAGAAACUUCAAGAUCCUUUAAAUAAGCUGUACUUAGAAUUUUUGGAAUAUAUCUUGCCAGUAUUUACUAAUAUGAAUAUAGAAUUUCAAGCAGAAACACCUAAAAUUCAUUUAUUAUAUGACAAUAUAUCUUCAGCGUACAAAACAAUUCUCGAAUGUUACAUAAAAAAAGAAAUAUUAGCCUCCAAAGAUAUAAGUGAAAUCCAAUAUAGAAAUCCACGUAACUUCGUUCCAAUUGAUAAUUUAUAUUUAGGACCAAAAGUAAAUGGACAAUUUCAUAGAUUAGAAUUAGAUGGAAAAAUUACUGCUCAAGAAAAACAGGAUAUAAAGUUAAGAUGCUUGGAUUUCUAUAUUGAAAGUGCUCAUCAAAUAUAUUUAAGAUUUCCGUUCAAUGCACCACAU